AUGGAUGACCAGACUAGAUUAAGAGUGUUUGAACCCCUCGAUUGUAACUCCUUUGUCAGUGCGACUCCCAAUUCCACGCAUUUGAGUAAACUAUCAGUUCAAACACCGACAACAUCUUCAUUUAUCAGGAAUCCGUAUGAACGGGACCAGACAGCAUUAGAAAAUCAGAGUGGAUCAGAAUUAUUAAGGUGGAAAUAUGAUCAACGAGAAUUUAUGUUUAAUAGUAAUAGUACACCAUCAAAAAACUCUAACUCUCAAACAGAAAAAUAUGAAUUCCCAAUCACAGAAAAAUUGGUAAAAAACAAAAAUCCAGGAUGUAAGAGAAGAACAAACCAACUUAUAGGAGCCAAACCAAGCCGGCCAUCAGGAUUGCAAAACGUUACAUCUAAGUUAGAACUGUUAGAUGAAACCCAUUUCACGAGCUUACCGAUCCCUGCUCCAAAAGGUACUAAAAUUGACAAUAGCGCUAUCCUUAGUGACAUAAUUGAUGAUAAUUCUGACGAUAUAAUAACAGCCGAUGACUCCGUUAUUCUGCCUAGCAAGAGGUCGUUCAGGACACCAGCCAAUGAGAUUAAGGUGCACAAUAAUGGCAACAAAAGAUACAUAAGCUAUAAAUAUAGUAACAGAUAUCCCGAACGAGAAUCCAGUCCAUCUGAGCAAAUGAUAUCAUCAGGAAAGGACACACAUCCUAUUGUUAUUGUAGAAGACUACCUCCUAUCAGACAGUGAAAGAUCAUUUACCGAAAGUACGCGGAAGAGGAAGAGAUACAAUUCAAAUAAUGACGGAUUAAAGCCAAAAUUGUCAUUACACAAUUUAAAAACCAAAAUAAGAAGCUCGAAUACCGAUCAUUUACCUGUAAAAAAAAAAGUACACUACCUGAAAGAAUGCUCUACAGUCGAUAGCUCUACGAAUGAAGAAAAUGAGGCAGGAUCCUCAAAAUGCAUAAAAGAAGUUCUAAAUGAAUUCCUACCACCCAAAUCUAAUUCCGCAGAUUGUGACCUAUACAUAUCCAAUCUUCUCUCAAAAGGCACUAAUGAACUGAAAAGAUGUGUCAUCUGCGAGAAAAUAUUAUAUGAAGUGAGUUCCUUAUUAUACAAAGAGAAUGACUUUAAAGAAUUGGUCUGUGGAAGCUGUACCGAGAAGUAUGAAACAAUUGCAAAACUGUUGGAAGGCUGUGAACUCGAAAGUACUUUUGAGUAUUCUUUAGAUUCGUCAUCAUUUGAAGCAAAUACGCUUGACUCAUCACUUAUACAAUCCAGUCAUACUGUUUGUCGAGAAGUCACUCCACCACAUAACUCGAGCCUCCAACAUAUGAGGAGAGACUCUUUCUCUGAGGAUCUGAUAAAAGCUCUGCAAUCGCAACUAAUUAAAAAUAGUAAACAGAUACCAGAGAAUAGUAUUUUUCCCAACAAAGCUCUUAGCUGGUUCAUUGAUGCUAGAAGGAAACUACGCUGGAGAUGGAGGGUAAGUGGGUUGCUACCAGAAUUCACUAUUAAUAAUAACAAUGAAUAA